UCAUAUGUGUGUGUGUGUGUCGUAUGUGAGAAAGUGACGAAUUACUUUUCAUCAAAUAGAAAAUAAUUUAGUUUGAAAGCACCUACACAUAAAUUUCGUUAGGCAAACACAAAAAAAAAAGAAAAUAAAAGACACUUGCAAGCACUUGCAUUAUCUUAAGAAAAAACGGAAAACUAGCGCUGCAAAAACAAUCAAAAUGGCCGAAGGCGGUAGUAAACGCAUCAACGUGGUAGUUAAAACGCCAAAGGAAAAGAAAACUGUUGAAGUCGAUGAAGAUUCUGGAAUAAAAGAUUUUAAAAUAUUGGUGGCACAAAAAUUUGAGGCCGAAGCCGAGCAGUUGGUGCUUAUUUUUGCAGGUAAAAUCAUGAAGGACACCGACACGCUCAAAAUGCACAACAUCAAGGACAAUCUGACAGUGCAUCUGGUCAUUAAGGCCCCAACGCGGACCAACGAUGCGCCGGCACGAGCUCCGGCUGAUGUGCGUCAAACGCCGUACGGCCUAAAUCAAUUUGGUGGCCUGGCAGGCAUGGAGGCCCUCGGCGCCGGUUCGAAUACGUUUAUGGACUUGCAGGCGCGCAUGCAGAAUGAGCUGCUGAAUAAUGGGGAUAUGCUCCGAUCUCUAAUGGAUAAUCCGCUUGUGCAGCAGAUGAUGAAUAAUCCUGAGACGAUGCGGCAGCUGAUUACAUCAAAUCCUCAAAUGCAGGAUUUGAUGCAGCGCAAUCCGGAGAUCUCGCACAUGCUGAACAAUCCGGAUCUGUUGCGCCAGACCAUGGAGCUGGCUCGCAACCCAUCAAUGUUGCAGGAACUGAUGCGUUCGCAUGAUCGAGCCAUGUCCAAUCUUGAAUCGGUGCCGGGCGGCUACAGUGCCCUGCAGCGAAUCUAUCGUGAUAUACAGGAGCCGAUGAUGAACGCGGCCACCGAAUCCUUUGGUCGUAAUCCGUUCGCUGGCCUAGUUGAGGGCAGCGGUGCCGGUGUCAAUCCACAACAGGGCACCGAGAAUCGCAAUCCGUUACCAAAUCCCUGGGGCGGCACUGGCAAUCGAACCGGCGGCAGCAGUGCCCAAGGCUCGAACCCAAUUGGCGCUAAUAAUCGCAGCGGCGAUCAGCCACCAAACAAUGUACUCAACACACCGGCAAUGCGCAGCCUGUUGCAACAGAUGGCCGAUAAUCCGGCGAUGAUGCAGAAUCUAUUGAAUGCCCCCUAUACGCGCUCAAUGAUGGAGUUAAUGUCACAGGAUCCAGAUAUGGCGUCUCGGCUACUCAGCAGCAGUCCUUUGCUUUCCAACAAUCCACAGCUGCAGGAUCAGGUGCGCCAGAUGAUGCCACAGUUCAUGUCCCAAAUGCAGAAUCCCGAUGUGAUGAAUAUGUUAACCAAUCCGGAUGCCAUCAAUGCUAUCUUACAAAUCCAGCAGGGCAUGGAGCAGCUGCGCACCGCCGCUCCCAAUCUUGUCGGCACACUGGGCAUACCGCCACCUCCGCCAGGCGUUAAUAAUCCAGCUGAUCCAGUUAUCGGCGAUGCAAGCAGCGCCAUCAGCAACAACACCUCGCCGAUCAACGCCGCCGCGCCACCAAGUUCCAAUGCCACCACAACGGCCACGCCACCUUUAGCACCCGGCGGCGGACCCAAUGCGCAGCUCUUCAACGAUUUCAUGAUGCGCAUGCUCAACGGCAUGUCAAACAAUGCCGAUAGCACACAGCCACCAGAGGUGCGCUACCAAUCCCAGUUGGAGCAGCUAGCCGCCAUGGGAUUUGCCAAUCGUGAGGCCAAUUUGCAAGCGCUGAUUGCCACGUUUGGGGACAUUAAUGCGGCCGUUGAACGUCUGUUGUCGCUGAAUCAGUUGUCUCUGAGUUAACACGGUUAAGGCGCACGCCUCUCGUAUACGCCAA